AUGGACCACCAACAAGGUCAGCCUGGGAUUCCAGGUCCUGCUGGCCGCCGGCUUCAUAUUGCCCACCGACGAAGUCCAUCUGAAUUGACACCUCUUAUGAUGGAACAACUAGCUAUUCAGCAACAAAUUGAGCUGCUGCAACAGCAACAGCAGCAAAUUGCAGCCACGCAUCAACAAUACGUCAACAUGGGACUGCUGCAGCCCCAACAACCUCUUGGUCAAGUAUCGGGAUUCUCUCCCCAGAUUGGCCAGGGAACAAUGGCCGGUGUAUCACCUCAGGUCCACGCUUUCCAAUUUCCUCAACAGCUCGGAGUUCCCGUAAAUAACGGAUCUUCUCAUCGCCGAAAUCAGUCUGCCUUGCCGGGCAUGGGAAUGGGCCCGCCGCCAGCCCCGUCUUCUGGCGCAUCAGGAUCAGCCUUUGCGGAUCAUCAUCAGGGAAACCAAAAUCGUGAGAACAGUGGCCCGUCAAGGGGACGAGGUGGGCCUAUUGGCGGAGGUCAUCAGCGCCGUCACUCAUUAGCUCUACCAGAAGCAAAGAAAGCCGCGGAACUAGCGCAACAAAAACGUACUGCAGCCGGGUUCCAGUUCCCAGCUCCCGGUUCAUCAGAAUCUCCAACUGCUGAAGAAAAGCCAAAGACUCCUCAACCCCAGGGAUUGGGUCUGCAGCGUGCAGGCAACUUGCGCGGUGGAGCCCACGGCAGAAGUCAGUCAAUGGCCGUUGGUCGUGGUGCAACUGGGUUCCAAUUUCCCAUUCCUGAGAGUAGCCCAGCGGAACAUCCCAGGCGUGGUCAUGGUCGUACACCGUCAAGGAAUUUUGAUGGAAAUUGGCGACAACAAAAUAACAACAAUAACCAGGAUCAGCAGAAAUCGAAUCAGGGCGGAUUCGGACAACAGCAAGGUGGGAAUACUUUCCAACCGGGCCACCGCUCGCGUGCAUCCAUGAACCAAUCCAUUGGCUCCAUUGGCCAAUUCCAAUAUCCCAACGCUGCCCCUCAAUUGAUCCAACUACCUCAAGGUCAGGUUGUCAUGGCUCCACAGCUAUUCAAUGGCCAGCAACUGAACCCGCUCCAACUCGCCCAACUUCAGGCUAUGCAGCAGAAUGGUCAACUGAACGGCCUUCAGGCUAGCCAGCACGCUCCUCAGCAAUUGUCUGCGCAGCAACAACAGCAACAGCGCAAGACACUCUUCACUCCGUACCUCCCGCAAGCGAACCUGCCUGCUCUCCUCAGCAAUGGACAACUCGUCGCUGGCAUCCUCCGCGUCAACAAGAAGAACCGCUCAGACGCCUACGUCACGUGCACGGAACUCGAUGCUGAUAUCUUUAUCUGUGGAAGCAAAGAUCGUAAUCGAGCUCUCGAGGGCGACUUUGUUGCCGUAGAGCUGUUGGAUGUUGACGAGGUGUGGUCUCAGAAGCGCGAGAAGGAAGAAAAGAAGAAACGCAAGGACAUCACCGAUUCUAGAUCGGGCGACAAGUUGUCUCGUUCCGAUUCCGGUGCCAAUGGCGACAACCAACAGGUCGGCCCUGACGGUAGCAUUCGUCGUCGUGGUAGUCUACGCCAGCGCCCCACCCAGAAGAAGAACGACGACGUUGAAGUCGAAGGGCAGAGCCUUCUGCUAGUCGAGGAGGACGAGAUCAGUGAUGAGCAGAAGCCAUUGUAUGCCGGUCACAUUGUUGCUGUCAUUGAACGUGUUGCAGGGCAGAUGUUCUCAGGAACUCUGGGUCUUUUGCGCCCUAGCAGUCAAGCCACCAAGGAGAAGCAGGAGGCUGAACGUGCCGCCAGAGACGGCGGGCAUGGUCGUCAACAGGACAGACAGCAAGACAAGCCUAAGAUUGUCUGGUUCAAACCUACUGACAAACGUGUACCCCUGAUUGCUAUCCCCACUGAGCAAGCACCGCGUGAUUUUGUCGAGAAGCAUCAGGAUUACGCCAACCGUAUCUUCGUCGCUUGUAUUAAGCGGUGGCCUAUCACUUCUCUUCAUCCCUUCGGCACUCUCGUUGAGCAACUUGGCGAGAUGGGUGACUUGAAAGUGGAAACUGACGCACUUUUGCGCGACAAUAACUUCGCAGCUGAUGAAUUCUCAGAGGCGGUGCUCAAGAAUGUCGGGUGGGAAGAUUGGACAGUGGCUUCCGAAGGCGAUUCUCUCCUCUCCAACCGCCGAGAUUUCCGGGACGAAACUACAUUCACGAUUGACCCAUCAGGCUCCAAAGAACUUGAUGAUGCUAUUCACAUCAAGAAGCUUGCUGACGGCAAGGUUGAAGUUGGUAUUCACGUAGCGGACGUCGCCCACUUUGUCAAGGCGAACUCAUUGGUCGAUAGGGAAGCCAAGAAGAGAGGAACAGGAGUCUACUUGAUGAACCGAGUUGUGAAUAUGCUACCACCUCGCUUAUCGACUGAAAUAUGCUCUUUGCUUCCUGGCCAGGAACGCUUGACUGUCAGUGUUGUCUUCAAGGUUGACACCGCGACUGGCGCUGUCGAUGAUGAUGUGUGGAUUGGCAAGAGUGUAAUCAAGAGCUCUGGCAAAUUGACCUACGACGAUGUUAAUGCUGCCAUCACUGGAGAGUCUGGUAGUCCGUUGGACGGUGUGAAUGCUGAUGAUAUUCGCCUUCUUGAAGCAAUCACCACCAAGUUCAAAGAGGCCAGGUUUGGCAACCGUGCUACCGAUAUCCCGGCCCUGCGCCUGAUUUAUCAGCUUGACGAUGAGAACAUACCAGUCGAACUCAACAUCUUCGACUCAUCGCCAGCUCAUGAAGUCAUUGAAGAAUUGAGCUACAAAGCCAACUUUUUUGUUGCACGCAAGCUCUUUGCCGCUAUGCCCGAGAAAGCGUUCCUUCGACGCCAAGCUGUUCCAAACCCUCGCCGCCUACAGACUUUUGUCGACCGAAUGAACAGACUAGGCUAUGAAAUUGACCCUUCAAGCAGUGGUUCCCUGCAAGCUAGCCUGUUCAAGGUGAAGGAUGCUGAUCUUCGCAAGGGUAUGGAAACCGUCCUUAUUAAGGCAAUGCAACGUGCCAAAUACUAUGUUGCUGGUAAUGUUACGGAGGCACAACGCCAACAUUACGCUCUGAACUUGCCACUUUAUGCUCAUUUCACGAGCCCUACUCGUCGCUACGCUGACGUUAUUGUUCACCGUCAAUUGGAGGCCGUCCUGUCUAACGGGGCUAUUGAAUUCACGGACGAUGUCGACACAUUGGUAAAGACUGCCGAGCAGUGCAACAACAAGAAAGAUUCUGCACACAACGCCCAGGAGCAAAGCGUGCAUAUUGAAUCCUGCCGUGUCAUGGAUAAGAAGCGCUCUGAAGUUGGCGGUGACCUCAUCAGCGAAGGUAUCGUUCUUUGCGUUUACGAGUCUGCCUUUGAUGUACUCCUUCCUGAGUUCGGUUUCGAGAAGCGUGUGCAUUGCGACCAGCUUCCAUUGAAGAAAGCAGAAUAUCGUAAAGAUACUCGCGUCCUUGAAUUGUACUGGGAGAAGGGUAUUCCCUCUUCUGCCUACAUUCCGGAAGAUGAAAGACCCAAUGCAAGCAGUUCUAGAGCUGCCCACGCAGCGGCGGCUGCUCAAGAGGCAGAAGCAGCUCGCGAGCGGGCACGCGAGAGAGAGGAGGCCCAGCGUAAACAAACCGAGACUGGAACAAUGUCUACGGACGACGUUGAUGCUCUCUUUGACGACGAUGAUGACAUUUCAGAAUUGACUGAGAUGGCUGCUGGAGUGUCGCUCAAUUCCUCUGCAGAUCGCCCAACACAAAGCAUGCCCCCGUCACCGACUCGCAACGGUCAUGACGGUCAAGGUCCGCACCGGGCUCGCUCUGAUCCUAAGAUUGCAAUUAGCGCUAGCGAAACACCAGAAGCCAAAUUGACCGAUAAGGAGAAGUAUCUCAAUCUCUUCAAGCUUCGGGAGGAGGACGGUGAAUAUAUUCAAGACGUGACUGAAAUGACUCGUGUGCCCAUUAUUCUCAAGACUGACUUGAGCAAGAGCCCACCGUGCCUGACUAUCCGUUCUGUCAACCCAUACGCUCUAUAAAUCUUUAAUACCUCGGUUGAUAUCUUUUAAUCGUUUAAGCAUGAACUAUCUUGGAGGAAUGACCAAUGUCCAACGGGUUGAGUAUAGCUUAUUGUUUGUGAACUCAUCCGCUACUUGGUCAAUCAAAGAAGUCUUGUUACACCGGUUGGUUUUGGGUUAUUUUUUUCAGAGUGGAAUGUGAAUUGUUCAAAUCAUUGCAUGCACUAGAACGGGUGGCCGCAUGAAAUCCUAUGAUGAAGAUCUCCUCUCCGUCUGACAUCCGUGGUUCGAUUCUAUGAAAUGGUUGGUGACGCAGCAAUAUUGAGUCUUGGACUGGUGACUGGAUGUCACGGAAGGGACAUACAUCUGCAUCUGAUUAGCGUUCUGUUAUCAAGCAUCAUCAAUGACGCCGAGGACAAAUUGAGGGGGAAGCUCGAUUAUAUAUAACUCAUGCGAUCUAUCUUUACUGUGCGAGUAAAGAGUGGUUGUAUCGAAGUCCUUGGAGAGCUUACCUACCUACCUGCAAGCGAGUUUGAGAUGUUUUUAUCCCAGGAAUAUAUUUACAUAGCUGCUUAUCUGUUAAUUACUUAUUUAUUAUACCAAAAUGCAGAAUCAUUGAUCUUGA